CAACAAAAUUCUUGACAACAAGCAGCAGAAGUAAGAAAUAAAUAUAUCAUUGAUUUUAUAUCUGGGAAUUUCCUUCGCGUCAUAAUAACUAACAAUAAAUAUAUAUAUACACAGUUAUCAGUUAUAAAAGCAAUAACAUUGACUUAUCUUUGUCUAGCAGUUUCCUGAAGAUAUGUCAUGAUUAUGAUUAUAAUUACAAAUAUAAUUUUAAAAUUAACCGAAAAUGCAGAAAUAGGUAGUGCAUGAAUGUUAAUACAAUCGAUAAGAGCAUACUUAAACGGGUUAUUUUUUUGGGUGUAAAAAGUGUGCGCCAGACCAAUUGGAUUCAUCUAGGAUAAACUUUUAGGCGCAACACUUGUGAUAGUGUAAACCUGAGCCGCAAAACCGAUAAAGUUUCUAAUACUAUUGACAAUACUCGAGUAGCUCAUACAUUUCGAAGAUGGAUCAAGUAGGUCAGUGAUAUGUGCAAUUAGUAGGCGACUCCUGAGAUAUCUGGGAUUGAGAGAAUUCCUGUCCGGAAAACCCGAUCUUACUGUAAUGAAAGUGAAUUCGGAGGACCGUAUCUCUCCCCUCCAUCCUCCGUAUAUCUGGAUACUUUAGGACAGAAAAAUUUUACCGGGAGAUGGCUAACAUUUGGAUCAAUAGUAUUCAUCGAGACUGUACACAAGUAAACAAGCUUGUUUAUUGAGUUAUAUUUUUCGAGAACAAUGUUUGCUAUUUAUCUUAACUUAAUCUAUCGUGUUGACAAAAAGUUUAAUAAAAAAUAGAUGAAUUUAUCAGUUAUUGUAACUGAAACUUCCCAACUGAUAACUACAAUCGGAAUAGUAGGCGGCGAAUAUAAAAAAUAGUGCUAUCUGUUAUCGGUAUUGAUUUUUAUAUGGGUUUGUUAGUUUAAAAGAUAUGUGAUCAAGUUAAAAGGAAUGGUGAGUACGGGGACAAGGUAGUGGGUGGCAGAAUGUUGCUAACAGUAGUGUGCGUGAAAUUAAUCUGGGGAUUAGUUGGUUUGCGAGAGUCCGUGGCACAGAAUGCUACGGGGAAGGACGAGUGGUGGAGAGACACGUUUAUCUACCAAGUGUAUCCGAGGAGCUUCAAAGACAGCAAUGGAGACGGCGUGGGUGAUUUGAAUGGCAUAACGAGCAAGCUGGAGCAUUUGGUGGAUUUGGGCGUGAGUACGGUUUGGUUGUCGCCGAUCUACGCAAGUCCGAUGGUAGAUUUUGGGUAUGAUAUAUCUAAUUUUACGGCGAUUGAUCCUAUUUUUGGAACGAUUGAUGACUUUAAGCGCCUGACCACGAGGGCUAAAGCGUUGAAGCUUAAAGUUGUGUUGGAUUUCGUGCCGAAUCACAGCUCGGAUAAGCAUCCCUGGUUCUUAAAAAGUGUCCAGCGUAUCAAGCCUUUUGAUGAGUAUUACAUUUGGAAGGACGCCAAGAUGGUAAAUGGAACGCGGAAACCACCCAAUAAUUGGCUGAGUGAAUUCCAAGGCUCUGCUUGGCAAUGGAAUGAUCAACGCAAGCAAUACUACUACCAUGAGUUUACCGUAGGACAGCCGGAUCUUAAUUACCGCAGCACUGCUUUGCAAGAAGAGAUGAAAAACGUCUUCCGCUUUUGGCUGAACCUUGGCGUUGAUGGUUUUCGAGUUGAUGCAAUUAAUUUUCUCGUUGAAGACUCGCGUUUUCUAGACGAACCCAAGAUACCUAAUACUGGGUUCCAAGACACUGACCCAAGGACACUUAGACACAUCUACACGUCAGAUCAGAAUGAAACCUAUGACAUUGUAGCAUCCUGGCGCAAGCUAGUUGACUCCACAAAUGGAACCCGCAAGAUAAUUCUCACCGAAGCUUACACCACUCUGCCUUACGCAAUGAAGUACUACCAAUUCGGAUCUAACAUUCCAUUCAAUUUCAUCUUCCUUCGCAAUAUCACGAGCGUUUCUAAGCCCGUCGACUACAAACGUGCUAUAGAUCGCUACCUCAACUCUAUUCCUGCUGGUUACGUUGCCAAUUGGGUGACCGGGAAUCACGACAAUUCCAGAGUGGCUUCUCGCUUUGGUCCCCAUCGUGCUGAUCAGAUUACUAUGAUCGCCGCAAUCCUUCCAGGUGUUGGAAUCAUUUACAAUGGAGAUGAAAUAGGAAUGAUCGACCGUCCCAUGUCCUGGAACGAGACCAUCGACCCUGCAGGCUGCAACGCAGGACCAAGCCGCUAUAAUUUAACUUCUCGUGAUCCUGCAAGAACUCCUUUCCAGUGGGACAGCUCUAUCAAUGCAGGUUUCUCAACCGGCAAGAAAACUUGGCUACCCGUUCACUCGAACUACAAGACCCUGAACCUUCAAGCUGAAAAGACCACUCAGAAGUCUUCCUACGCCAUCACUAAGCGGCUGAUUUCUCUCAAGCAGAAUCCGGUCGUCCAACGAGGUACCACUCAAGUAACCGCGAUCUACGACGCCUUUUUGGGUAUCGCUCGAAGACUUCCAAAUCAGUCACCCGUUGUGUUAAUUGUCAAUCUAUAUAAUCAUUCAAUGCACUAUGAUGUCGCAACGUUCAUGAACAUUCCAAAACAGAUGACUGUCUACGUCGCCAACGCAGCCGCUAAUUUGAGCAUCGGCGCUAAAAUCAACACAUCGUUUCUACAGUUACCAGGCAACGCUUCCGUGAUUCUGCUUUAAUUACUAAUUGCUAAUUAUUGUUAUUAUUGAAACCAAUAGUAAUUAAAUAACCAAUUGUACGUGACACCUAAUUUAUAUUGCUCAUUAAUUAACUGCUAUUAUAAUAAUAUUUGGAUAAUAUAUAUAUUUUAAUUCAUAAUUGCCAUCUUCAUAUUUAUUUUGGAAAAAUGUAAUC